GGAAACACAUCGUAUUUUGUAUAAUGGCGAAGGGAAAGAUUUUUCCGAUUGACCAGAGUUACAUUUCACUUAAUCUCAAAUAUAUAGCGGUUGUGGGCGCAUGGAAUCCGUAUGAAGCUGGGAUUAAAUACCAACUUUAUCAGAUUUACAUACUUUUUUACAAUUACGGAAUAUUUCCAGUUAAAUGUAUAGCUGAUCUGUUGCAAUCACUUCAUGCACGUACAUUGCCUGAAUUCACUCAAGGAUUUGCAUCAGUCAUUGUUCACACUGCUGGUGGAUUCAAGACAUUCAGUAUCGUAUAUAAUCAUCCCGAGAUAUUAUUACUAGCCCGAUUAUUUAAUUGGGAGAGGCAUAUGGCAUGCACCCCACAAAUGGCUUAUUUCAGGGAUGUCUUGAUGACGAAGGCUGCAUCAUCCUUGAGGACUAUAACUGCAGUCAUCGCUGGAGUCGUUCUUCUGAAUUCCAUCUCUGAUUUGUAUUCCACUUUGACUGUCGAUAAUUGCACAAUUACGGAUUAUCCCUUGAGUUAUCUACCCCUGAAGAUUCUAUCAUCGCCAGAUAAUUGUCGAUCUGUUGCGGUUGUUGAUUAUUUAUGUCACAAUUUUGCAAGUGCCAAUAUCAUCAUCAUAGAUAACUUCCUGAUGGCCGUCAUGACUUACAUAACAGUUCAAUUAAAAAUUCUCAACUUCAGACUGAAGAACUGUCACAAGACAUUUGUCGAGGAGUUGAUUAUUCCCGAGGAAGAGAGGAAUUUCAAGAUAACGGAAUAUGAGUGUUGCCGGAUGUCAAAGGGGCAAUUGACGCUUAAACCUAAUGAAGAACUCAUUAAAUGCAUCGAAAAUCACCAGAAAAUGAGAGAGAUCUUCAAGACGUUUGAAUUAAUUUAUAGCAAUAUACUUUUGCCCCAACUAUUCAGCAGCUUGAUGAUCCUCUCCUUGAUGGGGUGUCAGCUGGUGCUGACAAAGUAUGACACCGAUGAGGAAGUGCAUGACAUGGUGCACCCCCUCGUCUUCGUCAUCUGGGGAACUAUGGAAUUAUACAUUUAUUGCGCCGGUGGUAAUAAUAUUCUCGUUGAGAGUGAGAAUAUAAGUUCAUCCGCUUAUAAUACGGAGUGGUACAAUAACGACAAGGAAUUCAGGGAAAAUCUUUCAAUUUUCCUAGCUCUCGUGAAGAAACCUCUGGGUCUCCACAUCGGAGGAGUCGUCAGCUUGUCGAAGGACACAUUCAAGAAUAUUCUCACUAAGGCGUACUCAUUCAUGGCGAUACUGAAGAACUCAACUGAUCAGUGAUUAUUAUUACGCUGCAUUUAAUAUUGUUCAACGAGAAAUUACUGAAAAUAAUCUCUCAUGAUGUUUUACUGUAAUUGAAUUAUUAUAUUCAAACUGAAACUUUCAGUUCACGUAUACAGACAGAAAUGACGUACACUUGAUUU